GAGGCGUUGCUGGUCAGGUGCCCGGCGCCUACGUUACGUGCAGGUGAACGGCUGGGGUUCCAGGGGCGCUCAGGUCCUUCGGGUCUCCCCACAACUGGCGCGGGUCUUCCGGAGGGAAUCCCCUCCAGGCCCUCCGUCCCUUUAACCCAAGCCCAUACGGACUGGUCGGAUCUCUGCGAGGAUUUCAUUUAACUGAUCAAGAACUUUGAAAAUGACUUCAAAACUUCUCUGGGUGUCCUUCAUACUUGCCGCAUUAACAUUUUCAAAUACAUUUUCUCUUCAGUCAGAUCAGCAGAAGGUUCUAGUAGUUUCGUUUGAUGGAUUUCGUUGGGAUUACUUAUAUAGAGUACCUACUCCUCAUUUUCAUUAUGUUAUGAAGCAUGGUGUCCAUGUGAAGCAAGUUACCAAUAUUUUCAUUACAAAAACAUACCCUAACCAUUAUACUUUGGUAACUGGCCUGUUUGCUGAGAAUCAUGGGAUUGUGGCAAAUGACAUGUUUGAUCCAGUUCUGAAUAGAUCUUUCUCCUUGGGUCACAUGGAUAUUUAUGAUUCUGAGUUUUGGGAAGAAGCAACACCAAUAUGGAUCACAAAUCAGAAGGCAGGAUAUGCUAGUGGUGCAGCCAUGUGGCCGGGAACAGAUGUGCAAAUACACAAGACCUUUCCUACUCACUAUAUGCCUUAUAAUGAGUCUGUCUCAUUUGAAGACAGAGUUGCAAAGAUCAUUGAGUGGUUUACAUCAGAGGAGCCUAUAAAUCUUGGUCUUCUCUAUUGGGAAGACCCUGAUGACAUGGGCCACCAAUUGGGACCUGACAGUCCACUCAUGGAGCCGGUCAUUUCAGAUGUUGACAACAAGUUAGGGUAUCUCAUCAAAAUGCUGAAAAAAGCAAAAUUGUGGAACAUUUUGAACCUGAUCAUCACAAGUGAUCAUGGGAUGACCCAGUGUUCUGAUGAAAGGGUAAUAGAACUUGACCUGUAUCUGGACAGAGACCUCUAUGUUUUGGUUGACCAAUCUCCAGUAGCAGCUAUUUUGCCAAAAGAAGGUAAAUUUGAUGAAGUUUAUGAAGCCCUAUUACAUGCUCAUCCUAAUCUCACUAUAUACAAAAAAGAGGAGAUUCCGGAAAAAUGGCAUUACCAACACAACAGUAGAAUUCAGCCACUCAUAGCAGUGGCUGAUGAAGGGUGGUAUAUUUUACAGAAUAAAUCAGAUGAUUUUAUGUUAGGCAACCAUGGUUAUGACAAUGCACUGGCAAAAAUGCACCCAAUAUUUUUAGCCCACGGUCCUGCCUUCAGAAAGAAUUUCACAAAGGAAGCAAUGAACUCAACAGAUCUGUACCCACUGCUGUGCCACCUCCUCAGUCUCACUGCCCUGCCACACAAUGGAUCACUCAGAAAUGUCCAAGAUCUGCUCAGUUCAGCAACUUCAAGAACAACUUCUUACACGCCGAGUACAACACUCCUCCGUGGGAGUGGCAAGCCAGGGGAAUAUGAUCAAGAGGAAUCAUACGCUUUUUUCAUAGGCGUUUCUCUAGGGACCAUUAUAGUUAUUGUAUUUUUUGUGAUUUCCAUUAAACAUUUAAUUCGCAGCCAAAUGCCAGCCUUAUCAGAGAUGCAGGCUGAAAUAGCUCAACCCUUAUUACAAGCCUAGUGCUGCUGUGAAGUGAAGAAUGCGUAAUUGUGUCAGUGUUUAAAGGUUUCACAUUCUAGCACUGAUAUGCAUAGACUAGUAAGUACUAGUACUAUAAUAUAUAUGCAUAUUGACACACACAGAGAUGAGUCAAAAUUCACAUACCUGCAAAGGAUUAAAGAUGUGGAAUUAUGUUUCCAUCAUUAGCUUAGGAGUAGAUAAGAUCCUGCUUUAUUUGGAUUUGGAACAUAUAAUGUAUAUAUUUAGUAAUUUUGCACUAUGUAAAGUACCUUAUAUAUUGUACUUUAAAUUACUCUCCUAGUGGGUACUUUGAUGUAAGAUGCACUUUACUGAAAAGCAACUUUUUGCACCCAUGUCAUAGAUUACUUGUUAUUCAUUGAUUAAUUGAAUAGAAUGUCUAAUAAUUCAUGAACAAUGUAAAAGUACAUCUUAUAAAAUUGGGAGAACACAAAUAAGGUGAAAAUUACUUAAAAUUAAAUGUAGGGAACUUUGUAUGCUGAAUAUGUGUGAGAUGUGUUUCCAACAGCAGAAUGCAUCCAUCUAUGGUUAUAUCUUAGUCAUUUAUUUCCCAAGGAUAUGGAUUUCAUUUUAUUUCCCAUCCUUCACCUCCACAGCAAAUAUGCAAGAUUAAAAUACUGACAGAUUAUUGAAAUACUUAAAUGUGCAUUUCUCUUCUAUGUCCUGUCCUGAAUAGAAGGGAUUGAGCACUAUCUCAGUCAGUAACAUUUCAAUCUGUAUCUUUAACCAUGUUAAAAGUAAAACUAGAUAAGUAUGUUUGUUUCUUUCUAGUAAGAGAGCACAGGCUCAGAUUUAAGCAUCUGAAGAUCAAAGUUGAUGCAAGAGAGCACAAACUUUACUAGUUAAAACUUAUUUGGCUGUUUGAUCCUUGAAAAAUCUGGAGCUUGGAGGAUGAAAUCCAGCAGAAGUAUAUCUGCAUUGUUCAUACCCAGAACAGUACUAGGAGCUGUAUUUCUAAUGACAGAAAUUAGCAAAAUAAGUCUACUACAAAUACUGAAGUAGCCUGAAAUUAGAUUCUCUUAAGGAAAUAUUUGAAUACCUAGUCCCCGAGUGUUCAGUGGAAUUGAAAAUUAGUUCAAGUUCAUAAAUACACUUCAAUCUCCCAGGGAAUAUUUAUCUCAAAUAAACUACCUCCUGGGUAUUUUCUUCAGUUAUUCUCAUUCCCCAUCCCAAACUGCGCUUUGCUUCUCUGAAGUAGUUAGGUUAUGGUUCCUUGGGGCCAGGAGGAAGCCCUGGAAAGAAAGCUUUCUUUGAAGAAAGCAGUCUGUGCACAUAUCCCAUAUAAGUAAUAAUAUGCUUACUUACAGGUAAUUACCAUGUAGGUGAUUUUAUGUGCUUAUGCACCUAUUGACUAAUUAGGUAAAGUGGUGUAUGUAUUCCAGAAAGAAUGGAUAAAUGUAAAAUCAGAUAAAUUAAAAAACAGGAAAAUACAAUUUUAGGGACUUCUUAAUAUACAGUAAAUGACUUUAUAAUACCAAUGAUGAAUGUUAGCACCUAAUUUCUUACUUCAUUAUACAAUCUGUUCACAAGAUAGGUUGUCAUUACUGGAAAUGUUCUAUAGACUGAAAAGAUGAGACGUUUGAUGAUAGCAAACUCAUCAAGUCUGAAACCUGGAUUAGACAGUUUAGAAUGUAUUAUUACCAUUGGAGUAUUUUGCAAUCAUGUAUUGAAACAGCAAUGCCAAACAAUGAUAUUGGUCUGUCUAAAAGUGUUACUAUUCAACACUUUAUUUAAACUAAUUGUUGCAUUAAAUUUAUUCUAGAAGGUGCUAUGACUGUAAAAAUUUUUGUAAGGUUGAUGAAGUCAUUAAAAUUCUGAAUACUAAGAUUUGAUGAGUUAAUAGUUUCUUUUAUCAAUGCUUAAUUUUGUUGUUUUGUAAACUACCAGCAGGGAAAUUUAAAAUAAAAUUUUUAAAAUGUAACUUC